AUGGCAAAGAAUAAAGAUAUAGUAUCACAGAUUACAGAUCUCCUAUCAUUGUACUUGAAUAGAGAUGUAAAUGACAAUUUAACUUUAGCAUUAAUUAAAUUUUAUAAACAAGAUAACUCAUUUGCAUCAUUCAGAAAUCAUUUGAAUGUUUUAGGGUUAAAAGAUGAAGAGAAGGUCAAAGAAGUCUAUUCACGUAUAAAUGAUAACAUAAAUAUUCUCGAAAAGAAGCUAACUGGAGGUUCUGAUAUAACGAUUCAACAGCGUUCGAAAUCAGGGCAAAAGAAGCGACCUAAGAUAAACUUAAAUACGUACGAGGAUGAGGAAGAUGAUGGGCAGCGCAUAGAAGAAAGACAGGGAUCUACUGCGCAUGAGGAGCCACUAAUCAAACUAGAGCUCGAUGAAGAACUGCCCAAGCGAGAUAAGAUCAAAUUUAAGAGAAUAAAGAAAGAAGACGCUCAUCGGAUCAAACAAGAGACAAACGAUACUGUUGUUCCGGCUUCAGAACCAAACAAGAAGUCGGAGAAAUCAAUCAAAAGAGAAAGUGUACCUGUUACGUUGUCAGAUCUUGCAGACAUUGAAAGAAACUCAAUUAAAAAGGAAGAAGAAGAUAAAGGUGAUUUGAAAAUAGAUGAUGAGCUUAAUAUAGAAAACGAUAGAGAAUGGUACAUGUCCGAAGACUUUGGUAAUGCUGUAGAUGAUACCAUGUUUGAUAGUCUGAACUAUGUUACCCCAAAGCAAAACAAUUCAAGUAGGAAAAAGAUGCAAUAUGAUGGAAAUUCUGGUGGUAAAUUUGAUGAUGUCACGGGCGAGUAUAUUGAUUUUGAUCAUGAUUCUAACUAUGAUGACUUUUCAAGGAUUCCGGUUGUUUCUCAUCUUCAUAUUCCUCCGUUUUUGGAGAGCCAGGAAGAGAGUAUUUCCUUGCAACUUACUAAUAACUCUGGGAUGACCAGAAUAGGUCCUACUAUCAAUCCCGUUAAAGAUCCUAAUUCUGAACUAGCUAUUCUGGCAAAGAAUGGAAGCUUUGUUGUUAAGGAAAAAAGAUCUAAAAUUGAGAGAGGAAAUCAGGCAAAGGAUAGAUCAACACUUAGUGGAACGGCCAUGGGCAAUGUAUUGGGUGUUAAUGACAAACCUGAAAACGAUAACUCGGAUAAUAUGGUGGAUGAGCAGAACGAUGCCGUAACAGAGUCUGAUAGGCAGAGAAUUCUUCGACAGAGGCUAUCUUUACCUGCGUUUGCAGUGAGAGAUGAUUUAUUGAAAACCAUUGAUGAAAAUCAAGUGACUAUUGUCAUUGGUGAGACUGGUUCAGGGAAAACGACACAACUCACUCAAUACCUCUAUGAGGAAAAAUUUGGAAAAAGCUUAUCACACGAUGGUAUCAGGAAAAUGAUUGGUUGUACCCAGCCUCGGAGAGUUGCAGCGAUGUCGGUCGCAACUAGAGUCAGUCAAGAAAUGGAUUGCAAAUUGGGUAAGGAAGUAGGUUUUGCUAUAAGGUUUGAAGAUAGGACUGAUUUUAGCAGUACCGUUAUAAAAUAUAUGACAGAUGGUGUCUUACUACGAGAAAUAUUGGUGGACCCUAACUUAGAAAACUACUCGUGUAUCAUAAUGGACGAAGCGCAUGAAAGGUCACUAAAUACUGACGUGCUUCUUGGAUUGUUUAAGCAACUCUUGAAUAGAAGAAAGGAUCUCAAGCUAAUAGUUACUAGUGCAACAAUGAAUGCUGAAAGAUUUUCUCAAUUCUAUGGUAAUGCACCACAGUUUAUUAUUCCUGGAAGAACAUUUCCUGUGGACACCCUUUUCAGCAAAAGCAGCUGUCUGGAUUACGUCGAGGCAGCUGUGAAACAAGUCUUGACAAUUCACUUACAAAAUACUCAAAAGGGUAAUGAUGGUGAUAUUCUUGUCUUCAUGACAGGUCAGGAAGAUAUUGAAAUCACUUGUGAAUUAAUAAAAGAAAAAUUAGAAUUACUAGAUGAUCCACCACCUCUAGAUGUUUUGCCUAUAUACUCGACUUUACCAGCGGACCUUCAGAAACGAAUAUUUAAUAAAAAGAAUUCCAGGAGAAGGAAAGUUGUUGUGGCCACCAAUAUUGCCGAAACCUCUUUAACAGUCGAUGGAAUCAAAUACGUUGUCGAUACGGGGUUAGUGAAACUUAAGGUUUAUAACCCAAAGCUAGGGAUGGACACCCUCCAAGUUGUUCCAAUAUCUUUAGCUAAUGCUCAGCAACGUAGUGGUAGAGCUGGAAGAACGGGUCCUGGUGUCGCUUAUAGAUUGUACACCGAACGGGCAAGUCUCCCACAGGAAAUGUAUGUUCAGCCAAUACCUGAGAUUCAAAGAACUAAUUUGAGUAAUGUUAUGUUGAUGCUAAAAUCUUUGAAAGUCAGCGACGCUUCGUUGUUUCCUUUCUUAGAUCCACCACCACCGGAUUUGCUAAGUUGUGCGCUUUAUGAUUUAUGGAGUAUUGGAGCGUUGAACAAUCUCGGAGAUUUAACGGAUCUUGGUAAAUCAAUGACACGCUUUCCAAUGGAGCCCACUUUAUCUAAGCUCAUUAUCCUUUCAUGCAAGGAAGAAUUUCAUUGUUCUGAAGAAAUCAUCUCCAUAGUUUCAGUCUUGUCUGUGCCUUCUGUUUAUUAUAGACCGAAGGAGAGAGCUAGAGAAGCUGAUUUAGCAAGAGAAAAAUUUUUAAUAGCAGACUCAGACCAUUUAACAUUACUUAAUAUUUUCAGACAAUGGGAGCUAAACUUCAAAAAAAGUUCUAAAAAUCUUACCAAGGUGAACCGAUGGUGUUCUAAAAAUUUUCUACAAGCAAAGUCUUUGCUAAGAGCCAAAGAUAUUAAAAAUCAAUUGUUGUUAAUCAUGAAGAAGAACAAAUUGCCUAUAUUAGGAUCUCGGUCAGAUGAGGAUAUAAAGAAGUGUCUUUGCGCUUCGUUUUACCAACAACUGGCGAAGCUAGUGAAGAUGAAUAUCAAUGGCUCUUCUGAAUUUAUAAACCUUAGACAUAACUACAUGAAGAUGUAUCUUCACCCGACUAGCGCAUUAAAUGAAGGUGGAUUGACUUCCAAAUAUGUCAUAUACCAUGAACUUAUUCUAACGUCAAAGGAAUAUAUGAAUUAUGUCACUGCAGUAGAUCCUUUGUGGCUCCUCGAGUUUGGAUUUGUCUUUUACGAAGUCGCUGAUAAUUACAAGCACAAGUUAAAGCAUUUAAAUCUAGACCUAGAUAGAAACAAUUUCAAAGGGCUCCUUGAGGAAGAUAAAACUAGGUAUAUGAAUGAAAAACAAAAGAGACUCCAUGUUGGAAGAAAAAAAGUAGUAUCCAACCCUCAGAAAUUUAAAAUAAGGAGGAAAAGAGCAUUUUAA